CCGCGAAAAAUAUUACGAUACUCGAGGCCACGGUUCUCCGCGAUAAUUCGCUUGGCACGCACAAGUCCAUCGACGAGUGUACUUAGAUGAUUAUUUACCCGCCGAGCGCGCUCGAACGGUUUCGAUAGACCGAGGCCUUUCCUGGAAUUGAACCCCGAGAACACUCGUCGCGAGGCUUGGUCGUCAGGAGUGAGAAUAAACGCAGCCUUGACGCCAGUCGCAUCCCUUGCGCCAUCUGCCGGUGACAAUGGAUAAUGAAGCGCUCACCGACUCAUAUGAAAAUAUUUCGAGGGAAUUGAAAAAUCGUAUGGAAAUUCUCAAGAGGAAAUGUGUCACAGAGCAGGAAAAGUUGUCGAGAAAAGUGCUGGUGAUAUCCCGGCUUGAAAAAGAUAUGAUCGAAACAGAAGAUGAAUUAUCGCGGUAUAAAUCGAACACAGAAAAAACUCGGGAGAAAUGGAAAAACGUAGAAGUCGAGGUGGAUAAAUUAAAAUGGAUGCAGGAGAAGGCGUCGAUAGUUCUGGACAGUAACCGUAAAAUGAAUGAGAUUCAAUCAAAGACGGUGGAAGGUAUCAGGCGGAACUACACGAACUUAACUAGGUCUGCUUUCAAGACUGUUCGACAGGAAACUGCGAGGGAAAUGAUAAAUAACGAGAUAAACAAUCUGGCCGAUAGUAAGAAGAAACUUGAGAGCAAGCUGCGCUUGCUUCGCGAGGCAAAUGAUGAAAAUAAAAAUAGUUUUGCUAAAGCCAGCAUGGAGUUGGAGAGAGCAAAAGAACGAGCUGUUACAGUUACUCGGCUUCAACAGAAGCUCCAGGAAUCAGAAACCUGCAAAUUGAACGCAGUGAAGAAAUUAAAUACUUUAAAGUCUCUAUAGAUUUAGUAAAGAAUGUGCAGAACAGUUGAAUAGAGUAUCAUUUGUGUCCGUUGCAAAAGUUGUCGU